CGGGGUAUAAAGGGGUGGCGUGAGCAGAUCCCUGAGAACCGGCCCGGCGCGCGAGUCUUACUGAGGAGAAGAGCCGCAGACCGCGGGAAACAGAGCCGCAGACAUGAUGAACGGAGAGAUGAACGGACAGAUGAACGGCUUCCACAACGCGCUGAUCGACGAGGACUGCUUCCUCUUCACCUCCGAGUCCGUUGGAGAGGGACACCCAGACAAGAUUUGUGACCAAAUUAGUGAUGCUGUGCUCGAUGCUCAUCUUAAGCAAGACCCGGAUGCCAAAGUAGCAUGUGAAACAGUAGCUAAGACUGGAAUGAUCCUCCUGGCUGGAGAAGUGACCUCUCGUGCCACUGUGGACUACCAGAAGGUCGUCCGUGACACUAUUAGGCACAUUGGAUAUGAUGAUUCCACAAAAGGCUUUGAUUACAAGACCUGCAACGUGCUGGUAGCUUUGGAGCAGCAGUCUCCAGACAUUGCCCAAGGGGUGCACCUGGACCGUAACGAGGAGGACGUUGGUGCAGGGGACCAGGGUCUGAUGUUUGGCUAUGCCACCGAUGAGACAGAAGAGUGCAUGCCCCUCACCAUCGUCCUCGCCCACAAGCUCAAUGCCAAGAUGGCUGAAUUGCGCCGCAAUGGUGUUCUGCCCUGGCUACGACCAGACUCCAAGACGCAGGUGACAGUGCAGUACAGACAAGACCGUGGAGCAAUGCUGCCAGUGCGUGUGCACACCAUAGUCGUCUCAGUCCAGCACGAUGAGGACAUUUGCCUGGAUGAAAUGCGAGAUGCUCUGAAAGAGAAAGUGGUCAAAGCUGUCGUCCCCUGUGUCUACCUGGAUGAUGACACUAUCUACCAUCUGCAGCCAAGUGGCCGUUUUGUAAUUGGGGGUCCUCAGGGCGAUGCUGGAUUAACAGGUCGUAAAAUUAUUGUCGACACCUAUGGAGGCUGGGGAGCCCAUGGUGGAGGAGCUUUCUCUGGGAAAGACUACACCAAAGUGGACCGCUCCGCCGCCUAUGCUGCCCGCUGGGUGGCCAAAUCCCUGGUCAAAGCAGAGCUGUGCAGACGCGUACUCGUGCAGGUAUCCUAUGCUAUUGGAGUGGCUCAUCCUCUGUCCAUCUCAAUCUUUCACUACGGCACAUCCCAGAAGAGUGAGAGGGAACUGCUAGACAUUGUUAGAAAAAACUUUGACCUUCGUCCAGGAGUUAUAGUGAGGGACCUGCAGCUGAGGAAGCCCAUUUAUCAGAGGACGGCCGCCUACGGCCACUUUGGCCGCGACUCCUUCUCUUGGGAGAUUCCUAAAAAGCUUCAGUACUAAACUUUUUCCCCUAGGCCUGCUGACGUAGCCUACAGAGAAGUCUGCAUGGUACGAAGGGAGGAAAAGUUCACCCAGACUUACUUGUGCAGUCCAUAUCCUAUUAUCUUUCAACCUUUAACAGGGGCAAGAAUUUGGCUUGAAAUAAGCAGAAAAGCCAAUCUACAAGACUUAAAUGUAACAGGUGAACUGUAGCUUUUAAUCAGUGAACUGUCAGUUAUGCAUUUCGUAAUGACAUGAUGCAUGCACUCAUUCAACUGGACUAAACCAUUAAUGAAACUAAUAAUGAAAUCACUGCUUUCCUGGCCAGCUCUUUAGGGUUGGAAUCCAUAUCAGUAUAUGAAUACUGUUUCAGCAUUAUUUAUUUGUGCUUAUACACUUUAUAUAUAUAUAUAUAUAUAUUUAAAGAGGCUGUACUUUGUAGAGCAGCUAUAUGUGAAGACAGCGUUUUAGUUUGUAACUAAGUUUCCAGUGGUCUUUGGUGGUUCCAAAGUGUACUACAGAAAAACUUUGGAUUUCAGCCACACUGAGGCCACUGGCUGCUGUAAGAGGUAUGUAGUGCCAUAUUUGGGUUCUUGGUGCUCAUUCUCUCAAUGACAUCCACUUUCUUUACAACUUCUGAUCUUGCCUCUUACUUGGAAAGAUUGCAAAUUUGGCUGGUGUGGUACAGAGAAACCAGCUUUGUUUACAUGCAAUCAUGCUCUCUUUCUCUCUAGCUCGUUCUCCUUCUCUCUCUCUCUCUCUCUCUCUCUCUCUCUUUAGUAAGUUUUAUUUCAUUUUUACUUUUUUAACAAUAAAAUGUAUUUUUAUUCUUACAAA